AUGNCACAUGCCUUCUCGAGCCCAAUAGAGAGUUUCAUGCGAUGGGCGGAAUCCAUGGACAAGUCGUCUCAGUAUUGGUUCCUACGACUGGUGCACAUGGAGCACAAUAUGUCACCAUCUGUGACGCCUUCCGAUCCAGACGAACACUUUAUACAGGCCAAAUUCUUCUUCAACAUCAUCAAAUAUUUCAGAGGAGCUCAUGAAAAUGGCCAAUUUGUCAAGAAUGACCUUGGUGAAUGCGUCAGUCAUGUCUCGGCCACAAGCAUCAACAACAUUAACAACUUCUAUAAGUGUUGUGUCACGGCAAUUGACCUCAUUGAGCGGGGGUACCACGUUCAAGGCUUUGCCCUAGUCUCGGAUGCUCUAUGGCUUAUCGAACAGUUACUGACAGAACGGGAUCCUGAGCUCAUAGACACCAUUUGUGAUGUCUCUGUACUUCUCCUGACCAAAGGCUGGAAUCGAAUGUACGACGUUCUGACUGAUAGGGUAUGCGCCAUGGUUGAGAUCCGGGCGGCGCAGAAGAAUGAAGUGCAUCAGCCCUGGGCACAGAUGUUUGCCUGCCUGAAAAGGUUGCCUACAACGCAAGCGCUUGAGCUCAUGCGCCGAGGUUGGAAGUGCGGCUAUGAUCAACUCGAGGGCAUCUUUCCUGGACAUCCAUGGGACGGGCUCAAUAUGUCCUCCUCGCCAAUCCACCCGCUUCGAAUGGGGAUCCAUGUCUCACGUCUCCACCAAGAUAUAUUGUCGACUCCGCUUGCUUCACUGGAUCAGCACGGAAGAUAUCUCGAUGACCUAAGCGACAUGCAUCGACGGUUCACUCGCGCCAAAGUUCUUCACUCCCUAGGAUAUCAUCAAGAAGCUCUAAAAGCUUCAGAGAUAAUCGUAUCAAGAUGUGCUCAAGCGAGGAAACAAAACGAGGAGAAGUGGAUGGCACUCGAGAUUGACGCUCUCGAGGUAUCUGCGCAAUGCCACUAUGCCAUAAGCGAUCUCAGCUCCGCAGGCGGUAGCACCACUACUGCUGAGAAUCUUUUCAAGACUGCCAUCACAAGAAGUACAACGAUGUGGGGUAGCAAAUCCGCUACUACGAUAGCCCUCAAACACACCCUGUGGCUUUGGUUCUCGAAUCAAGGCCGGCACAAGGAAGCUGCACUGUUGAGGAAUGCCAUAGAUGCGAUCGUGGUCAAGAGCAAACCUGGGACGUCGUCCAUAUGA